UUUAAAAACAGCUGUUAUUUAUUAACCUGAUCUUAUAAUAUUCGAAAAAAAAAGCCGUUUUUAAAUUUUAAAAAAUAUAUGAUUUCAUAAUACUAAGAUAAUGUUACAACAUAAUAAAGACCUUGACAUGCAAAAGCCUUAAUCUCUCAUUUGUAUUGCGUAUUGGCCCUCGUACAGUACCAAUUAAUGAAAUGAGCCCCCAAAGAAAGAAAAUUAUCGUUGUAGGCAUUAGUGGGGCAACGUGUAGUGGAAAAACGACAGUUGCAAAAGAACUAAAUAAACUAUUACCGAACAGUAAGAUUUUUUGCCAAGAUGAUUAUUUCUUUCCAGUGGAUGACUCAAGGCACACAUGGAUUCCAGAAUUGGAUCACAUAAAUUUUGAUAUUAUUAGCUCCCUAGACAUGGAAAAGAUGGUUUUGGACGUUAAACAACACAUGAAAAGUAAAACAAACAAUACCAUCACUGAAACUCCUAUGCCAGAAUAUGAUAAACAGAGAAACUUAUUGCAAAUUAAUGACUGUCAUGUUGUUAUAGUUGAGGGCUUCUGCAUAUUUAAUUAUAGACCCUUAGCUGAAUUGUGUGACCUAAAGUACUUUUUUACACUGGAUUUUGAAGAGUGCCACAGAAGGCGAGAGAAAAGGGUUUAUGAGCCUCCAGAUUGCCCUGGAUAUUUUGAUAAAUGUGCAUGGCCAGAGCAUUUAAAACAAAAAGAAGAAGUCAAGAGAGAAUUUAAUGAUGUGGUUUAUUUUGAUGGAAAUAAUUCAAAACAAUCUGAAGCUAUAAUUAGGGAUAUUUGUAGUAUACUUUGUACUACUUAGGUAACAUAGUAUCUUAUGUUCCUUUAGUCGCUAGAUUUUUAAAAUAAAGGGAAGUGCACACUUCAUAAACAAUUGUGUUUAAUAGGAAAAUUAAUAUAGGUACAAAAGUUGGCUCAUUGUAUAGAGCACGUAACUUUCCAUACCAUUCUAAGAAUUAUUUAAAUAAAGUAGGUGUAUGUAAUUUUAGGUUUUAAAAGCUUUGUCUUUAAUUAGAGGGUAUCAAUUUUUUAACAGAAAUUAUAGUCUGGUGUAACUUUAUUUCAUAAAAGGUGAGGUUUUAGGUUUACAGCCAAUGAUUCAACUUUUUCAUUAUAAGGAAAAUUUAAAAUAUCAAAAAUCAUUAUGCAAAAUUUUUUUGCCAUCUAAGAAAAUAAAAUUGUAAAAUAUUACUCGCUAUGCUUUUAUAUAAAUAGAUAGGUUAAUUCAAAGUCUGUAUGCACUUGACAAGUACAUUUUAAGACACAGGAUGUCUCUUAAAGUCAUGUUUUUAAGUUGGCCUUAUUCAUAAAAUGUACACCAAAAAAAAAGUGAAAAUAUUGAGUAAUGAAAUGAAAAAAUAAGAUUUAAUUCAUGUUACUUGAUUUUAAAUCACAUUAUGAAUUAACUGACAAACCAAAUUUACUUAAUUAUAAAUUUGUCUUUUACAAGUCAACUUUACCUUGUAUGUAAUAAACACCUAAAAUAUUAAUUGAUGAAAAUAAUGUACCUAAAUGCCAUUUAGACUCUGACAGUAUAAAUUAUAUGGUACACACAUAAUGUAUUAUUAAUAGAUAAAUACCAGAAGCAUUCCCACACAAAAUGUUUAAUUUUAUUUGAAAAUUACAUAUACAACUUUACAGAAAAGUUACUUUAUGUGUAUUUUAGUUACUUAUAUAGGUUAUAAAAAAACUUAUAUUUUAUAAUACUUUUACAAGAAGUAUGGACUUCUACCCUAUUUAAUUAGUUAGUUGUAAAAUGUUCGAAAGUCUAUCCUUUUUUUGAUCUACUUAAUCAAACAUGCUAUAUCUAUCUUGUCAGCUGUUAGGGGUCUAUGAGGAAAGUUAAGAAAAAAUUGUAUCUUCAACCAUGAAUUUAAUUUUCUAGCCAAAAAAAACAGUACACGUAUUCAGGUUCCACCAGAUUUCAAACUAAUAUUUCAUGACCCUGAGUUAUUAUAUAUUAACACUUUGACUGCCAUAUGAAGUAAAUAUAAUUCACACGGCGUUGGGCACUCUGCGCCAUGUGAAUUUUAUUUAACUCCAUCAAAUCCUUACCUAUAACGCCGUGUGACUUCUGUACGUUUCACGUUUUAAUACUUUGCUUAUGGAGUGAUAUUGACCAUGGCCCCAGGAGCAAACUAAUAUAAUUGGCCUGUAGUUUUAGUUUAUUUUUUUAAUUAAAGGAGGCAUAAAAAUACACAUAUGUUAUAACUAAUGUAACCUUUAUUAUAGACAAAAUAAACACAUGUUUUUAAGUUUAUAGAACACAAUAAUGGUUAAUUUAAUGGAUAUUUUAUAUAGUACUUAUAAUUUAAAUGAUUUGUGUUUAACAAAAAAACAUUCUACACAAAAAUAAGAUUUACAUUUUUCGCACUUAUACGGAGUUUGUUUUGCUUUUAAAGCUGCAUGUUUUCUUCCAAAUUGCAACUUCAAGCUCUCAUAACAAACUGUACAUCUUCUUCUUGCAUCCAUAUGUUUUAAAGAAUUGAGAACUGUUGGUAAAUUUUCUGUUUUGGAAAUUUCAGACUGUAAUAGAGCCAUUGUAACCUCUUCUUUAAAACUGGUUAUUUUUAUGUUUUUCUUUUUAAUUAUUUUGUAAAGAAUGUGUGCAUUUACAAGAGCCGACCCUGUUAUCAAUUCGAUUGCGAGUUUACGGUACCAUUUUACCCCUCUCCUGAGUGCAGCUGAAUAGGCUCUCAUUUGGUCUGAUAUAUUAAUGAAACCUUUACUAUGAUUGUAAUCCACCACAAUUUGAGGUUUUUGAGUAACUGUGCCGUUCUUAGGAAUAUCGACCAUUCUGUUGUACAUGAAUAGUGCUCAAUGUCAGUACGUCUCUUUUGUCUUUCCACUUAAGGACUACUACUCCAGUAUUGCUUUCUCAAGAAAUGGUAUCAUUCUUGUUCAAUUUGGCCUGUAUAACUUCUUGCGGGUUUAGUUUCCUAUUACUUCUUAGAGUGCCAACAAGAUGAGCAUAGAAUGUUCUAAUAAUUGAUGGGCAACAUGGACACUGGUGUAAAAAUUGUCUGUGUAAAGUAUUUUUCCCGAACUCCAUUACUACAGAUAAAGCUGCUGGUGCUCCUGGCUGGACAUCUCUACCGCAAUAUACUUUCAUGUUAUAAGUAUAACCAUUUUCAGUGCAUAAUUUAUAUUACCUCUAUGUCAAAUUUUUAUUUUUUAUAGAUUGCUUAAAGGCAAGUUUUCCUCGAAAAGGUACCAAAGUUUCGUCUAUGCAAAUUUCUUUUUUGGAUAUAUUUGCUGCCUGAAAGCGUGCCAAUAAUAAAUCUAUAAGGUGUUUUAUCUUAAAGAGUCGAUCACCUUCGGGGCAUGCUUUAUUAUCUGAUAAAUGCCACAUGCGUAGAAUAAGCUCAAAACGAUUUCUGAACAUUAAAUUUUUUACUUUAUUCUUAUAAAUAAAUUUUUGUGACCAGUAAUCAGAUAGUUUUGGUUUUUUAUUGAGACCCAUCCAAAAAAUAAUGCCCAGAAAAGUCUCAAAUUCCUUUGUAGAUAAAUCUUUCCAUUUUGUAAGCCGAGAGUGUCGUGAGAGGUUUUUAUUUUCCAGCGUUUGUUGUGCAUACCUGUUUGUCUCUGUCACCAUGUGCUGAAUGAUGCCUUCAGUCAAAAAGAACUUGUAAUAUUCAUACGGACUUUUGUCAAUUAAUUCAUUGAUAAUCUCUGCAGGAAUUCCAGGGUUUACUUCAGAAAAUUGAAAUUGUUUUAGGUUUAUUCCAGUAACGGAGCUCCAUAAACUCCCCAGGAACAUCAGAAGAAUCCUCAUCAGGCUCCGAAUGGUCAGAUAAUUCUGGGUUUUGAUGUGCUUGAUUUACUACUUCCUCUAUAGUUUGAUCAACCGUUGAAGUGGAUGUCAUAUCGAGUGAUAUUGACCCUAUUUGUUGAUUGGUGUUAGGUUGUUUCUUUUUCAAAAUAUCUGUUCUAAAAAAAGCCAUAUUCGUUUAAAAAAAUAUACAUUUAAAACUUUAGGUAUUUACCUUUCAACUUGUUUUUUUCUUUUUUUGCGAACUGGUUCAUAAUCUUCCGAAUCUGUAGACGAAAAAUCACUAGGUAAAUAGUCAUCUUCGGAAUAAUCUCCAAAGGGCUCAGGUACGUCUUCAUCGCUCAUAUCUAACACCUCCUCUUGAAAUUGAGCACUAUUAUUCUCAGCUAAAGCUUCAUCCAUUAGCAUUUGAAGCCUUUUUUGUUCAUUUUCGUAAAUAUUCCGCGCCAUUAUUAUGCUCGCACGCGUUUGCACACUUCUCUACACAACCAAAGAAGUACUAAUACUACGAACCAUAGAUAAACAAUUUAUAGGGGUUAACACAGCAUACAAUAACACUACGAACACAGCAUACAAUAACAUACAGUGGCGGCCAGCAAAUUAAAAACGAUACAAUUUUUAAUAUUUUAUGCUAAAAUCAGACGGUAUAUUUUCUAUUUGCACAUAAAUGUUUUUAUCACUUCAUGUUAAGCUUGCACAUGCAUAAAUAUUUGGAUUUGAAACAGGUUUGAAAUCUGAUAUUUUAACAAUUUAGAAAUACCUUGGACAGCUAAAUAAAAACGAUUCAUCUUUUGUUUUUUUUAUCAAUUUUUGUCGAAUAUGAAUGUGUAGCAUUUAUUUAUCAUUUAGUUGGUGUCUCACUUAAGUAAUACAAGGUCAAUAUAAAACAAACGUUAUGGGUAAAAAAAAGAGUUGUGAUCCUGAAAAAAGACAAGUAAUUUUAAAUUUGAUUCAAGAAGGGCAUUUAUGAGUAAAGUUGCAGCAAUGCUAAAAUGUUCCAAAUUUAUGGUUCAUAAUGCUAUUAAACAUUAUAAAACUCACGGCAAGGUUAGAGAUGUACCUAGGAAGAAAAGGCCUAGAAUAACAACCGCAAGAGAGGAUAAAAUUAUGGUACGUUUAGCAAAAAAGUCGCCCCAUUUAACAGCAGUAGAUAUCAGACGUGAAAUGUAUGCACAAAACGAUCCGAAGCCAUCAGUAAGAACAAUUCGCCGCCGACUUAAUGAGUUUCAACUAUUUGGAAGAGUUUCCCGAAAGAAGCCACUUGUCUCAAAGAAGAAUCGUAAACUCCGAUUGCAGUUCGCACGCGAUCAUUUGAGUUGGACCCUUACCCAAUGGAAAAAUAUACUUUGGUCGGAUGAAACAAAACUUAAUCGCAUCGGAUCGGAUGGUCGUACUUACGUACGAAGACCACCUGGUGAGGAAUUAAAUCCAAGAUUCACAAAAUUAACUGUUAAACAUGGGGGUGGUUCAAUCAUGAUGUGGGGCUGCAUGUCAUGGUAUGGAGUUGGACCAAUUUAUAAAAUAGAUGGAAUUAUGGAUCAGGAGAAAUACAAAUCUAUAUUAGAAAAUGUGAUGCUUCCAUAUGCAGAAGAAAAAUUACCUAUUACCUGGAAAUUUCAACAGGAUAAUGACCCCAAGCAUACAGCACGUUCAGUAAAAAGGUGGUUUGAACAAAACGUCGUUGAUGUAAUUGAAUGGCCCUCGUGUAGUCCAGACCUCAACCCGAUAGAGAAUCUGUGGAAUGAUCUUAAAAGAAUAAUUCAGCCAAAGCAAUUUAAAAACAUGGACGAACUAGUGAAAGGUGUUCAAGAAGCUUGGUAUUCCAUCCCAAUUACUCGCUGUCAAACUUUAAUAGAAUCUAUGCAAAGAAGAUGUCUAGCAAUAAAAGAAGCUAAAGGAUAUCCUACCAAAUACUGAUUUUUUUUGGUGUAAAAUUAAAAUAUUGAAUUCGUUUUUAAUUUGUUGUCCAUUAAUUUUGUAAACAUUUUUUUUCCCUAGAUUUUUGAAUAGAUUACUAUUGAUUUAUGGUAGAAUGUGUUUAAUAUGUCUAACCCUUAUAAAUAAAUAUCAUUCGUAAAACUGCAUAAAAUGGUUUUCCAAAAAAGUUAAAUUUUGUGUCGUUUUUAAUUAGCUGGCCGCCACUGUAUACGGUGCUUUAUAUGCUGUGCUACUAACGCUAACGGCAAAUGGACGCAUAACGAAAAUCAUCGAAUCGGCCAAGAAACACGGCGCACAGCGCAAGGUUGCCAAAAUUCUGCAUGAAUUACAUCUGAUACACAUGGCCGUGAGAAGAGGUAUUGCUUCUAGGGCCUCGUGAAUUAUAUUUAAUUCACGGCCCUAAAUUACCCCUUUUAAAGUAAAUAUGUAACAGUCAUUUAUUAUUUAUUUAUUAAAAAGUCGCAAUGGCUCCAGGUUUUGUGUUUUUUUUGGAGUGUGGCAGUCAACGCGUUAAGACCAGUGAUUAAUUUAGAGUUUGUAUUUAAAGGUGUUUUACUAUUCUAAAGGACAAACCAUACUAUUAUUUAUUGAAUGUUUUUAUUUAUAUUAAGAUUAGUAUGCAGUAGCGUGAAUUUAUCUUACGGUGUGCAUUUAUAACCCUUUAUAACUUCAGUACAAAACAUACCAAUAAAUAUCUUAAGUAAUAAAUGGUCACUAGUUUACUUUUUGAUAUGUAAACCCAGCAGUUGGUUGAAAAAAAAACCCAGAUGAAACUUUUGUGUUUUUUUAUUUAAAUAAAAGAUGUUAAUAAAUCUGGGAUUUAAUACAGUAA